UGUAGUGAGUUUGCGUUGCCCUUCUCUCAAUUUAUACUUCGAUUUUUGAUGACAAUAAUAUUGUGAUAAAUUGUGAACAUUUUGAAAAAGUUCUGGUCAAAUGUCAUAGUUUCGAUUUUAAAAUGAGGAGCAGUAGUUCGGAACUGCUCCUAGAUCAGCAAGAGGAGCUUCGUAGACAAAAAAUAAAGGAACUAGCAGCUGCCAAAAAAUCAAAAAAUUCAACUGGACGAUCAUGUCGAGAACAAGCUAUUUUUUAUUCUACAAGUGUUUUAGCAGUAAUCGCAAUGUCUGCCGGAUCAUCAUUAUUAUUUUUAGUACCUUUAUAUGUUGAUCCAGCAAUAUCAACUUUGGCCUCAAAUUUUGUAACUGAACCAGUUACAUGUAUAACAACUAGGAUAGAAGAACUCAGCGGCUUAGCUAAUUGUUCGUGGAGUUCUUGCCGGGAAGGGUGCACCAGUGAUGCUUAUCAUUGUACCCACAUAUACGUGAGUUAUAAUAAUAGCAAAGAAGAACCUUACAAUCAAACUGACGAUGCAGUCUUAUUAGUGAACAUCAAAGGAUGCGGGUAUCCUCCUAGUGUAUUAUGUCUCAAUUUCACCGAAACAUACGGAGUUGAGGGCACUGAGUUUCCUUGUUAUCAUUCGCGUCAGAAUCGUACUGUAGUACUAACUCAUUAUGAAAGAGAUGAACAGAUUGCUAUCAUAAUUAAUUAUUUCGCUGUACCUUUUAUAAUUACUUUAGCCACAUCUGUGGCUCUUUGCGUAAUGCACUGUGACUGCCGAUGUCAUCCUACGACUCACCAUAAAAGACCUCGACGUCCACGGAUUCAAAAUUUGAGUGAUGGCUCCAUAAACAUGGGAGUCGAUCUCAGGCAUAAUACCAGCUAUCAUUCAGAUUUAGUAGCUAUUAGAUCGACGUAAAAGAUGAAAAAGUUAUAGUAAAUGUGGUCGUUUCUUUGAGAGUUGUUUGAUUUAUUCGAAGUUAAUCAAUUCAUUUAUUAAUAGUUAUUCGAAAAAAUUAAAUAAUACAAAGCGUAAUAAGAAAAUAUUGGAUAGGAAAGAGUUUAUACUUUGAGUUUACAACAAUUUUCAAAGAAUCGUACAUAUUCUAAUUAAAUAUUAUUUCAGGAUUGUAUAACUAUAUUUUUUUUAAGAAAACUAUGAGUUAUUGAGUCAUGACGACUCAUACAUUUUUUUUUAUUUGUCACCUAAUAAAUUCAAUAUUUUUCUAAUAAAUCAAUCAUACAUUUACCCAAUUGUAUAGCACAAAUAUAUGAAAAGAAACGGUACUCAGUAAAAUACGACUAUAUUUUUAAGAAAUUUGCUUUGAUUUUCACGUUUCUUCUGUAGAUAAACGUACAGGGUAUUCAGUAAAUAAGAAUUCUAAAUAGAGUAGUGGUAAAUCUACAAGAAAAAUUUAAAUUAUCCAAAUUCAACCAACAAACCAAUAUUUAUUCUUUUCGUAUAAUAUACAAACUCCCACGACAAAAGUAGAGAAUUUCACUUCGAAAUGUGGGUUCAGAUGAAAAAGUUCAUAAAUUUGUACUAAAUAAAAUAUUUCCUUUGGUUUCGACUGCUGACAGUGGCAGCUCAAAGUGUAUUUAAUGCAUGUUAUACGUAAUUAUUUCAAAUAGUUUUUGUUUUUAGUUAGUUUGCGUUUUUGUCUUUAAUUUCAGUAUUUUGGUUUUAUUAAUAUUAAUUAUCAAAUUCAUUGGGGAUGAUGGGAAAAAGUGUAAGUACCGAAGUCAGUAAGUCAGUCGAGAGGUUGAAAAUAAAUAUUCACAUGUCUAAAGUCAAAAGGUUAUUUAAAAUAUGUUUAAGUGUCUGAGAUACGAAAAUGGAGAUAAGGGUGUGGGGACAAAACAUCCGUACAAACUGUUUAUGAAGCAUCGGUUGGUACACCAUAAUAACUCACAUUUUUUAUAGCUGAAUUAGCACCCAGUCGGCUCGUUUUCUAAGUUUAAAUAUAGCAAUGAAUUAUGAAAUAGUAAAUAUUGUUAUUGUGUGCUUACCAAUCUCCAAAAUAUACGUUUCGUUUCAAAUUUCGCCAAAAACGUUCAAUUGGCCUCAGUUGAGACACAUUAGAUUUCUCAAUAAAUGGAAUUUUCAAUUCUGCAAGUUCCCACAACGACCUUUGCAUAAUAAGCAGUUGCCAUAUCUGGCCAAAAUAAUAAUUGGAUAAUUCUUCUUUAUGAACUACAAUUAUAACACACUCUUUUUGAUAUAUUGGUAGUUAAAGAAUUUCCAGAAGGACAAAUGUAUGCUGAAGAACAACCACAAGGUGAUAUCGCCAACACUUUCGAGUAGAACUUUUUGUGUCUUUUGUAGACUUUUGAAUUAAUUCCUUGCCUUUCUCACAAUAGAAGUCUUAGAUUUCCAAACUUUUAGCGUUAACAUCUUGUAAAAGGCAUAGAUUUGGUCCACUGUGUUUACUUCUCCUUUUAUCUCAUCUCUUUUCUUCGUCAAUUUCUUUAUUAUCGUCCAAUCAAUGUAAUACUAUUUUUUUUAGGUUUCUGUUCGACUUUUUAUAAAGGCUUUACCAAUCUUUUCACUAUAUGAAGAGGCAUAUCCAAAUUUUUUAUUGAUCAUCUCGGUGACUCCCUCAGUAUAUUUCGAAAUUCCGGCUGUAAUGAGAUUCACUAUCGCAGAAAGCAUAGAUUUUUAUACUAUAUUUAGCUGGUUUGUCAUAUUUGCUCCUAAAAUAAAUAUUCAUAUUUAAUUUUUCAUAAAGUUGUGUAUAUUUCUUUUAUGGCAGCUAUUUUUUCUUUCCGCGCUAGUAAUAUUGUCAAAGAGUAACGCACAAAGAAGGAAUAGAAACCUUUUGUGAGAAAACAGUAAAAUAAUUUCAGUUCCAUCUAUGCUCCAGAGCUCUUGAACGUUUACUUGAUCACCUUUCUUAACUGCUAUGAGGAAAAAUACGUCUAAUACGGCUUGUUUAUUUGAACAGUCUCUUACUCUCUAACUAGGAAAUUUCCUCUCCUUUCAAUAUAAUUGUUGGUGUAAUUUACUGGGGUGUCAAUCAUAUUUGUGAUUAUGAAAGCUAAAAAUUAUUCUUUUGGAUUUGAUAUAUUCUUGGUACCACCAUGAAAUUUUUUUUUCUAGCUUAUUUCUAGCUUCAGUGGAGCUUGACACGGAAAAACUUUUUCUAAUUGUCUCUGUGCCUUUCCCUAUAUAGAACCAAUAAUCCAUCUGUAAAAGCUGAACAUUUGGCAACUCAUCAUCUGUAGUUUGCUCUGAAUCAUUACAGUUUAAAUUGUCUCCAAUUACUUCAUCUUCGCCUCCGCUUUCCUCGUCGAGAUUAACAACGUCGUAAUGUAAUUUGUCUUCGAAAAAAGGCAUUCAGAAGCCUAAAAGAGCUGCCAUAACAAUAAAUUUUGUAAUACGUCACUUUGCCAAGUGAACGUAACCUCAAAGAAAGUCAGUCAACAAUACUGAGUACGGCAAGUGGAGUAUUGUCAUAUUUGGAUCGAAAAAUUCAAAUUUAUAUCGGCCAAAAUACUUGAUCAACAUACUAAACGAUAAACCAAAUGCUUACUUUUACAUUCCUCAAUGGAGUACUGCCACCCGACUUCUGGAGGUUUAAAGUACUCCUUGACCAAGAGAGGAAAUGAGAAAUUAUUAUUCAUGCUGCAAAUGAAGAUGGUUUUGUGUCAAAUUAAAUGUUAUUAUUUGCUAAAAACACUUCCCAACCUUGUGUUGAUUACCAGUCAUGACCGCGGCAUUAUUUGAAAGAUGUUUCAGUUCCUACGAAACAUUCCGCCAAAUUCAGUCAUUGUUAUGAAUAACAAAUCUCAUCAUUCCCAAAUAUUAAACAAAAUUUCCAACACCAGUUUCGAAAAAGAUAAGAUAUUCAUGAAAAUUAAAAAUAUAAAAGAGUGUUGCUUCAAAUUAUACAAACUUGUAAUUUAGAAAAUGAGUAUGUCAUUGAUAGCAUUAGCGUUUUUGAUAGCGAAGAUAAAACAUUUGAAUUACAUUUUGAGUCAGUUAUCUUAUAAAAAUUCUAAAUGUAUAUAGUUAUAACCAAAGCGAGUUGUAGGGAGAAAACAUUUUUUUUAAAUUGUUUCAGAAGUUUUAAUCAUUCGUUUUCGUAGUUAUUUUGGCAAUGGGACGCCACUAAAGACGGCAGAAUUGUAUACCGUUCGGGCUCCUUGUAUCUAUAUUUCGUGAUAAAGAUAUUCAGAAUUCUUUGCACAGCAUUCCUUUGAAAUUUGAUACUUAUUUACUGCGCACCUUGUAUAAAAUAUGGUUGAGAAAUCAAAAAUUUGCAGAAUAGGUAGAUAAAACAGGUGUUAUUGAUUAUGUUAUACAGGGUGUUACUAUAUUCGACCGACAACGCUCUACCACAGAGAGAUCUCAAUAAAUGACUUAUUUUGAUAAUUUUAAAUCGAAAUGAAAAUUUGCCAUAAAUCAAGAAAGUCUUUAAUUUUUUUUCAAAUUUGGUGACCAAUAUGCUCCUUAAUAAAGUAAUAUUUUGAUAUAAACAAACUUUGAAAAAAUUUAACCAGUGGCGCGCUGUCAGGGUUAGGAUUUAAGUCAGGUUAUCUCGGAGGCCAACAAUUGGGUCCACCACGAUUAAUCAAUUUUUCUCUAAAACGUCUGUUUAAGUAAUUUCUUGCCGCUGCAGCAAAAUGAGAAGAUGCCCUAUCGUGUUGAAACCACAUAUGUUGUCUAAUAUUUAACGAUAACAUUUUGUCCAGAAAGCGCGUAUAAAUUGCUCCAUUUUAUUUAUUUGGUAAUAUAUAAAGCUCGAUUGAGCAAUCUCCAACGAUACUCACCCACACAUUAACCGAAUAUUUAUGCUGAAAUCCCCUUUCACGAACAAAAUGCGGAUUUUCUUCAUCCCAAAAGUGACUAUUUCUAGAGUUGAAAGUUCCAUCCCUAGUAAAUCUAGCCUCGUCGCUAUACAACACAUAUUUUGGAAAAUUUCGAUUUUCACGACGUUUUUGUAAAUAACAGUUUAAUAAUUCUAUACGCACCUGAAAAUCUCUAGGUUCUAAUGCUUGAAAACUAGCCAAUAUGUAUGGAUGCACCACUUGUUCUUUUGAAACUUUCCAUAAAGCGCGACCCACAGUUCGAGUACUUAGAGAUGGCCUUUCUAAAAUACUAUUUAAUAUUUAUUUUGUUUUGAACUACUUGAAAUUAAAUGAAUAAUUAAAUAAUUUGUAAAUUACUUACAUUCAUUUUAGCUCCAUAAAAGGUUAUUAGUUUUUUAACUGAAAAUAAUCAGGCAAUUCAAAACAAAAUUGAAAAAAGAAUUUGCUCCAGUGGCGUAAAAAAUAAGAGGAUAAAAGCGGCAACUAUUCCUGACAGCGCGCCAAUGGUUAAAUUUUUUGAAAGUUUGUUUAUGUCAAAAUAUUAUUUUAUUAAGGAGCAUAUUGAUUAACAAAUUCAAAAAAAAUUUAAAGGCAUUCUUGAUUUAUUUAAAAUUUUGAGCACCCUAUAUCUCAGCAGCUAGGCCUCGUAAGGAUUCGUAUUCCUAUAUCAAAUGAUUAAUUUAUUGAGAGCGUUGUCGGUCGAAUAUAGAAACACCCUGUAUAUUUCAAGCUGUUGAAUCUAGUCCAUGAAAGUAGUGAGAGCUGGAUUCUUACAUAUCAAGGUCAAAGAAGGAGGAACAAGAUUAAAAUUAUUGUUAAUAUUUAUUUAUAAAAGGGCCUAUUGUGAAGGAUACUUCAAAAACGAAUAAAUUUUGCUAUUAGGAUGAAUGAAUUUUUCAAAUAAUGAACAACUUCUUAGUAUCUAUUGAAACCAUUGUUAAAAUUUCUGUUACUAAAACCACAAUGGAACAUAAUUUGUUGAACAAGUAUUUACUGGGUACGAUAUUAUGUUCAAAGCAUCCGUGAAAACUGAGUGUCAUGUACCUUUAUACUUAACACGUAACAGAACAAGUCAUAUAAAAUGCAGAUAUUUUUAUGCAAUUUUUAGAAAAUCUGUUGAUGUUUUCAAAAAUUUUCUGUAUGACUUUACACAUUACAUCUCUAUACACAAUGUGGUAAUUUACGAAGAAACGGCAGAAAUUUCGUUGCAGCCAUGCAACACAAAUUAUAACAAAUUCAUAUAUUAAAUCAGAAAAUUGAAAACGUAGAGGCGGCGUAGAUAAGAUGGAAUAAAAGGCUAGUGGGGUGGGAAUUAGACAUUUUUUAACUCAAAAGCAAUUAGUAUCGCAGAAAUAAAAAUAUAAAUUUUCGUAUCGCAUAAAAAAUCGCAAUACCUACUAAAUUUGCUUUAUCGGAUAAUAAUUUAGAAACCGCCUUAUUGCCUUAUUUCAAACAUAUAUAAACUACACGCCGAAAAAGUAUCGGAUCACUAUUAUUUAUCAUUGCAAUUAGAUAAUCUUAACAGACAGAAAGUAAUAUAAAAUUAAUUUACUGGAUACAUUUCAAAAAAAUAAUUCUGUUAAAACUAAAUAAAUUAAUUUAAGUUACGUGUAUUGCCACUCGAGAUCUAAUCACAUCAGGACAACGCCGUGGCAUGCCUCUGAUCAAGUCCUCCAAGUAAUUUUGGUCCAAAUGUUCCCACCUUUUGCAGUUGUUGAUAUUUAGAUGGUUUCAAAUCUAUGGAUCUCACCCUUGUCCCAUACAUACUCAAUAUGGUUUAAGUUCGGGUUGCCUACAGCUCAGCUCAAAACUAUAAUAUUUACCUUACUGGUGUAAUAUGUGGAAAUGCCUAUUAAAGCGGCAUAAGGAAGAACUUGUGGCUGUAUAAUGCACACCUAUGAGCAGUUAAUGAUAGUAUAUCAAGCAGAACCAAUUCUACGCGAACCCUUAAAUAUAUUCCACCUCACAACGAGUUAGACCCUUCUCCAAAAUUUGUUGAAGGUCUUAUGUUGCAAGAAAAAUCAUCUCUGCUAUAAACAGGUAUACUCCGUACUGAAGUACGUAAACAAAAUCUGGACUGAAAAGUACAUUACCCCAAUUUUGAGUAUUGAGUAUCUCAACUUAGCUGCACAGUUAAUGAGCAAUGUAUAUAUCCCCGUAUUUCUUGAAAUAUUUCUUACGGUUUGAUUUCAAACUGCAGCUAACUCUUAUUGAAGUUGUCUUCUUCAUAAAGCCUGUAGUCUCAACAAUCUAUUAUCUGCGAGUGUAGUUCCCGACGGCUGAUUCUGCACUGGUCUUCUAUCAUAUUCUCCGGUCUCUCGAUAUCUCGCCACUAUCAGUUGAAUGAAUAAUUGGCAACGUACUCCUGCAAUAAGUCUACGGUCAUGUUCGCGUCUUGGUUGUGGCGACACGAACGUUGUGAUCAGGUCGCAGUUUGUUAUGUGGGUGGCCAUGCUCGCGACAAACCACCGCGAUUGAUUUUGAAAACGCUUUUAUUAGCGGUUUUGGGGACACCGCGACAAAAAUGUCGAUGGUCAGGCCUCUUUUAUGCACGCGUUUUUUGUCGCUGGUUGCGGGGCGACAAGAAACACAGCGUUUUCUAAAAGCACGUUGUUAAAUGUGCGCUUUUAUGCAUCGACGUCAAUCAGCCACUCGCCGCCUGUGUCGCGGCGUACUGAAAUCCUCGCGUGGAAUUACAAAACGCGUCGCGACCGGCGCUUCAAAAGUACAUUGAUUUCAAUUGGUGCUUUUAUGCAGAGCGUUUAUUAUCGUUUGUCGUUGUCAUUUUGAACAGUCAGUUUGCAGAGUUGUGUUAAUGUGUGAAGAAGUACCAUGGAAAAUCUGGACGUUGAAUUUUUUAUUGACGCCAUUCAUCAUAACAAGAUUAGAAAAACAGGCAAUUGAAAAGAGAUGCGUGGAAGGAAAUUAAUCAUUAUUUCCAAAUUCAGUUAAAAAUCUUAAAAAGAAAAGCAGAAAAUUGGUAAAUAUGUAAGCAUGUAGUUUAUUAGUCUAUUCGCUAGAAUUGUAUUUUAACAACGCAUUGUAUAUCUAUUCAUUUAUCAGCAGUAUUAUCUAUUAGUACAAUAUAAAGUACUAACCUCAACGUCAUUGAUAACAUUUUUCCUGGUUCGACAUACGGUAAUAAUUGAAGAAUUUCUCCCUGUCUAGUCUUAAUUCUGCAUGAAGUGUAUAAUAUACGCCUCUGAGAAAUCUUGCACUAUUAAAUGGAUGCACGUAAAAACACACGGAUCCAUUUUUAAUCACUACCGUCGUGCGGUCCACUUGCAACAGUUGAAACUGUUCAAAUGUGAAAGCGACACGUGACAAAAAACGCUUGUAUAUUGUUUCAUAAAUUAUCGCCGCGUUUUUGUCGCUCCACGACCAGCGACAAAAAACGCGUGCAUAAAAGAGGCCUCAUGGUAACAAUCCAAACGAGGCGUUCGAUAUUUCAACAGCAACGUAUUGACAACGUUUCAUUUAAUAUGUUAACGGAAAAGUAUGCGAGAAGACGUUUAAAGUAAGAAAUGUUUGAUACUGAGGUAUAUAUUUUCGACUCCUCCGCUUUUUUCGUAAACAAUGGUUUUAGACAAUAGUUUGUUCUAAAUUGUAGUAGAAAAACGAUCUGAUCGCAACGUUUGUGUCGCCGCGACUAAGACGCAAGCAUGGCCGUAGACUAUUUGUCUGAAAAUUCAACUAAUCGAUAUUUCUGUUGCCUCGUUUUUUUGUAAUUUUGUUAGUUUCUGGUAGUAUAACGAUAAUAAAAUUCCACCUACGCUGAUUUUGUAAGCAAUGUUGUCAUUUCUAUUGGUGAUGCGAUACUUUCUUAUAGAAGUGUAUUUACGAAUCAAACAAAGCUAAUGUAUUUUGAUUUUCAUUGUUAAUUUGUUUAUUUUUUACGAUUCCCCAUAAGCAUAUUGUACUAACUUCAUAGAUUAUAUUAUUUUAAACUAAAAAAUAUUAAAUUGUAGUAACAAUAAAUUGAAGACUUGCGAACUUGUAGUUAAGGUACAUAUUCCUAACAGACUUGUAGUUGUAAAUUAGGGCAAUAAAUUUGUGAUUUUAUUUACGGUAACUAUUUAAUGCUCUUACGGUUAUAGUAUACUAUAGUUGUUCAUCACGAUUCAUUAACUCCUAAAAUCGUUAAAAAUAUUUUAGUAGUUUAUAGAAAAUGUUAGAAUUUAAAUUAUAUUAGAUAUACAGGCGUUUCAAAAUAAAAUAUCGUAAUGGGCGAUGCCUUAAAGAACUAGGUCCAGUUUACUACCAACCGUCUAAUUAAUUAUAAUCAUAAUUAAAGUAAAAAAUAGUCACACUACACCCUAACUUGUACAAAUUUAAUGGCUUUGUAUGGUUUUCAAGUAGCAAAUUCCAAGUUUACUGAAUAAUGUCACUCGUUCUAAUAAAAAAAGAGCAGUCUGCACUUCAAAUGCCAACAUCUUCACCUCAUUGUAGCAAUCUGGAAGACUGUUGCGUUACGUAAAUCCAUUUCUGAACCUUCGAUUCUUCCAACUUGCUUUUCAACUCUGUAAAUUUUCCACACCACAAAGCUUUACUUUUUAAAUCGAUCAAUUGCAUUUUUGGAGAUCCAGUUUCAAUUUCAAAUGUUUCAAUGUAGAUUUCGUUAUUUUCAGCAAAUUCAUUUUUUUAAAUGUGCUGAAAUAAUGUUAUUUUAGCAGCCAUUAGUCGCUCUUUAAUUCAUGGUGAUUAAUGUCUUUUUCAUUAGGGAAUGUAUUUACAUCAUCCACGUACAAAGCAAUACGUUUCAACACCUACCUUUGGAAAGCCAUCUCACGUUAUUAUUAAGAAAGAGGUCUGUAAACUGAGUCUCCAUUUCGUUAAACAAUUCUUUAAACUGGCGAUGGUAGAGUGCUUUUGACAAGAUGCUAUUAACAAUUUUGACUACCAAAUUGAUAACCUCAACAAAGCACUUUUGGUAUAUUAUGCAGUGAAAACACAAUUACGUGAUUUAUUUUGCUCUGAAGAAUCGUUGUUGUCCCUUUAUUUUUUACUUCUGGCUCCGUCAGUUGCUAUUGAAACGAUUUAAUCAAAUUAAUCCCAUUGUCUUCAAGGCAUUCGCUAUAUAAUCUCCUCUAGUUUAUCUCGAGUGUGGUAGCAAUCCUAGAAAUUCUUCUUUUGAACCUUGGGAUAUAUCUGACAAAAAGACCAACUUGUGCCGUGUCUUUUACGUUGCAUGACUCAUCGAUAACAAGUGAUAAGGCAGAAUAAAGUUGAAUAUCUUCCAUCUGCAAAUAUGUUACAUUAGAAGAUAUUUUAGCUAUGCUAUCUUGUACCCUUUUAGCGGAUAAUGGAAAAUUAUUUAUUGCUUCUUCUCAUUUCCCAUUUCUGGUUUGUAAAUCAUGAAACAGCUCUUCUAAUGGACUUAUGAAGUAAUCCUUGACGUGUAUAACAGGGGAGAAAGCGAAAAAAAAUCAAUUUAAGGUGUUGAAAGAUAGAAUCGAUGUCUAAUGCUCGUUAAUAGAUUCAAAACGAUUUUUGAAUCUUUUUUUUAGAUGAAAUCAAUAAUUUUUGCAUAUGGAACUGAAGAGCCGCAGCCUCAUAUCCAAAGAGCUGUAUGAUGCCGAUCCCUGAAAUAGUUGAUUAUUUUAUACUGCAGUCGAUUUUCUAAAAUAUUUUCAAUAAUAAUUAGUACAUAUCUAUGUAAAGAAGGAUUGUAUCAAAUUAUUUCAUUCGUUUGUGAAACGUAUUUGCCCAUUCUGAUUAGUAAUUACGAAGUAUUAUUAUAUUAUCCUUGUUUAUUAAAGAGGCAAAUAAAUUAAGUAGAAGUACCAGGACGACAAACGAUGUGCGUUGAGAUGGGGCUGAAAAGUCAGAUUAAAAAACUCUUUAACGCAUAUUUAUACUUUAUAGAUUGUUCGGCAAGUCGUUUUGGCUUUUCCGCCAAUUUUUAUCUAUACCUGGAAGAUUCCACAUUUCAUUGUUUUGCUUCCAAAAUACGUAGAAUUCUCCCAAAUGAGUUUUUGUGUCCCACUUCCCAUUUCAACCCUUAACCUAUCAAUACGUGAUCAUACGAAAUUUUAUCAAAUGGAAUAAAACUGUAAGUUCUUUUUUCUUUUUAUCAUAUCGUGUCUACGAGACUAACAGGGCGACGCGCGUUUUGACUUCUCUCUUAAAUUAAAAAAUGAGAGAGCGGUAUGUAAGUGGAAUUGUAAUUUUCGAAGAGAGAGAUAGAGCAUCGGUUUAAUACUCUCGAUUCGCUAUUAAAAUCAAAACUCUCUCUCUCUGUCUUUAAUAUUAACUCUACGUUCUCUCCUCGUUGCAUUUGAUUUCUUAAAAAUCCAUAGAAAACUGGCAAACGUGCAUUGAACGUUUAGUUAUCAUCAGGUUUUUGUCGUGUGAGGGGAGUUAUGUAAUAUUGGUGAUGAAUAAUGUUACCCUUAAGGUCAUGCGAACCCUAAGACUUGAUUUAGAAAGACGUCGCGGAGUGAAUAACCGCAGAUUUCUCAAAUACGUUUAGAGAAUGUUGAGACGCCACGCACUAUUUGUACGCCUCGAAAUUAUGAAUCGCUACGAUCUUAACCCUUUCGAUGUAGGAACCUUGUGUCUUAUCUUCCUUUUUUAUUUUGCGGAACUGAAGCAGCUACUUACUUCAUUCCAUUUUCAAAAAUAUGGUGUUUGAAGUAUGACAUCCUUCUGCUUCUAUGUCUCCUUUGAGACUGUCAUCUUAUCAAUAAUAUUUGUUGUAUAUGUUGUCACAAUUUUUUUCCUGAAGAACAAGCGUUCCUUUUUCUUCCUCAAGAAGUCACUUUUUGACAGAUUUUUUUUUCGUAAAUAUAGCAUUCGCUCUUUAGUCCCUCACAACUUGGGAUUAGAUUCAAUUUCACUCAGUUCUCAGCCUAACAUAAAAAGAAAGGUCAUAAAUAAAAAAAAAAACUCUCAAAAAUUAAUUUUCAAUACAUUAUCUCUUCAUUUCUACACAUUUUUUCCGUACGUUUGACUAAAGCUUCUAUCCCACUAUAAAAAUAUUAAGUCAACAUGUUCGUACGCAUCGUCUCGUCUGUUUAAUUUCAUCGUCACUGUUAAAUCUUUUACCGCUUAACAUGGUCUUCAGUUUUGCGAACAUAAAAUAGCCAAACGGAGCCAGAUCAGGGCUAUAUGGGCGGUGACCAAUCUCAGUGAAGCCACAUUCGUGUAUACUUGCCUUGGAAAGCGAUGCAGUUGGACUGGAGCAUUGUCAUGAAACAAGUGCUCACCUCAGCUGAUUUUGCUGCACAUUUUUUCGAUAACUGCCUUAGUAAGUCAGAGUAAUACGUCGCUUUAAUGGUUUUAUUUGAUUUCUUUAAUCAAAAGGAUAUCUUCGCAGUCCUUAAAUAUUGUAUCCAUCAUUUUUUUGGUACUCUUCGUGACCUUUGCGUUUUUUGGCAUGAGUUCUCUCUUCAUGGAAUCUCUUUUGAAUGUGGGAUCAUAGGAAAAGAUCAUGGGUUUAUCACCCGGUAAAAUUGAUCGGAUGACAUUUUCUUGAUCUUCGGGCAAAGCACUAAAAUCGCUCACAACAUUCUACUCGACGCUACUUUUGUACUGCGCUGAGAAUUCAAGGCAUCCACGCUGCACUAAUUUUUUUCAUAUUUAAAUGCUCAUAUAGAAUCACUUAUAUAGGAGCACUUAUUUUGUGCUGAAACUUUUUUUGUUUAGGCUGCGGUCACUCAGAGCAAUCCCUUUCACUAAUUCAAUGUUUUCUGGAGUAGUCACGGUCAUAGGACCUCCUGUAUGUGGGUCAUCUUCUAAUAAUUUUCGUUCCUAGAGAAACAGGUUAGACCAAUAGUCAAUUGUUGAAAAUGAUGGACAGAAGCCUCCAUUCUGUUUUUGAUUUGUGUUGGUGUUAAUCCGGUAUUAGUUAAAAAUUUUGUAUAAUCGCGAAGCUCAAUUUGGAAUAAUAAAGUGGAUCGAAACAGCAAGUUGAAACUUUGUGAAAACCUUGUUAAAACUUGUCACUGACGCAUACACAAAGAUUUUUACGAACGUGGUCUACUUACUAUACGAGUCCAUAAAUUCAUGAAUCGCACUACGUAUAUUCAUAUAUAUUGAGCCAGAAUAGAGCUGAUUGACUAUUUAAUUUUCACAUACUCCGCCAUUUUGCUAAAAAGUGUACUUCACCCUGUGUCAUAUUGUUUCCCAUCCUUAAUGGAAGCUCAGGAUGAGAAAAUGAAAAAAAAACGACGUUGGUGGCAUAUAGACCUUUUCUGAAACUUCUUUCAAACGGACCAACAGUAAUUGAGUGUCGUAUUUUGGAAUAAUUAUUAACUUUUUUGCUUCAUCCUAAUACACACAGAAACUUUCAUAAUAAAUGGUUGAAUAAUUUGCAUCAAAGCUUGGGCUUUUUAGAAAAAAUGAUUAAAUUAUUUGGAAAUUGCAUUUUAUAGGCCCCUGAUAUGCGGUACUAUAUUUUGGGACGAUGUGUACUUUGUAUAAUUCCAUUAAAUUGUAUUUUUAUAUUUGCAGUUUUUUUAUUAUCUAUUGUUAGUUAUUAAACCCACAUUAUGAAUGUUAAUGAUGAUUAGAGAAGUUUUAUGGAAUCGAUGCAGAAAUUUUUAGAAUUUAUUAUUAAAUUAGUACAAAAAUAUGAAACAAAAAAUAUAUUUAAGUUAUGUUAAUCUUUUAUUAAACGAUUUUUUAUA